AUGGCUGCACAUUUUGCAAGAAGGCUUGAAGGUAAAGUUGCAAUCAUAACUGGUGCUGCUAGUGGCAUCGGUGAAGUGGCUGCAAGACUUUUCACGAGACAUGGAGCUAUAGUGGUGAUUGCAGACAUUCAAGAUGACUUGGCCCAAAAAGUUUGUGAAAAUUUGGAUCCAUCAUCAAUCACCUAUGUUCAUUGUGACGUUACAAAAGAAGAUGACCUAAAAAAUGUGGUGAACACUGCGGUUUUCAAGUACGGCAAACUCGACAUCAUGUACAACAAUGCGGGUUUUGUGGAUGAAAUAAAAUCCAACAUUCUUGAUAAUGAAAAAUCUGAAUUCGAGAAAGUUAUUAACAUUAACCUCAUAGGUACAUUUGUGGGGAUUAAAGAAGCAGCCCGAGUCAUGAUCCCUCGAGGUCAAGGUAGCAUAAUUUCCACUGCUAGUGUUUGUGCAUCGAUAGGCGGUGUUUGUUCUCAUGCCUACACGAGCUCAAAGCAUGGUGUUUUAGGACUUACUCGGAAUGCUGCAGUUGAUUUAGGACGAUAUGGUAUUCGUGUGAAUUGUGUGUCGCCAUACGCUGUUCUUACAACUAUGGGUUUAGAUGCCUUAAAAAAAAUAGGCAAGGACAGUUCAGAUGUUUAUUCUAACUUGAAAGGUGCUACACUUACUCCCAAUGAUGUGGCUGAAGCUGCUGUUUUCUUAGCAAGUGACGAGUCUAAGUAUGUGAGUGGCCAUGAUUUAAUUGUUGAUGGAGGAUUCACUGUUGAGAAUCCAGGUUUAUCCAUGUUCAAGUAA